AUGGUAAAGAUCACGGCAGACGAGUCCCAGCGCAUCAAGACGGCGUUUCUCUCGUACGCGCAGGGCCAGAGCAAAGUGCCGGAGGCGAUGAUGGAUCAACUCAUCUGUGGCGCCAUCCCCGGCCUCACGUGGGAGCAGCUGCAGGAGAAGAAGAAGGGCCGCGGCGCCGCGGACGGGUUCGACCGCAGCGCCUUCUUUGCCCUUGUCGCCUCAGAUGAUCAGUACGUGCGCUUCGUUGCGCAGCACUUCCCGCCCGCGCCGGUGGAGGAGAAGCCACCGGAGGUCGACGCGUUGGAGCUCAAGACGCAGAAGGGCUUCUAA